GAAAACCGAAAAUAGUUGGUAAUGGCUUUCUAUACGACGACGCCCACAGCUUGCCUAAGCCGUUGCAGUGCUUCAGAAGGGACUCUUCUUCCCUCACCAGCUUUCAGAGCACUAAAACUUCCACGCUUAAGACCUCUAAUCUGGCCAUGGGAGAAGGUGAAGAUGGGCUCGCUGAUGGUUUCUCCGAUGGGGUUCGGGACGUGGGCUUGGGGGAAUCAGCUACUGUGGGGUUAUCAGAAAGAAAUGGACGGCGACCUUCAAGCCGUAUUCAAUCUUGCGGUCGAGAAUGGGAUCAAUCUCUUCGAUACAGCAGACUCGUAUGGGACCGGGAGAUUAAAUGGACAAAGCGAAAAGCUUCUUGGCAAGUUCAUCCGUGAAUUUCCAGGACGAGAGGGUGUACGAGAUGGCAUUGUGAUUGCUACAAAGUUUGCCGCUUAUCCUUGGCGCUUGACGCCUGGGCAGUUCGUAAAAGCUUGCGAAUCUUCUUUGGAGCGGUUAGAAAUUGAGAAAAUUGGAAUAGCACAACUGCAUUGGUCGACUGCAAACUAUGCUCCUUUGCAGGAGUUGGCUCUUUGGGAUGGUCUAGUUGCAAUGUAUGAGAAGGUUAUUUGGAUUUAUCCUGUAGUGGUGGGCCUAGUGCGAGCUGUUGGUGUGAGCAAUUAUGGACCAAAACAGCUUGUAAAGAUCCACAAUUACCUCAAAACCCGAGGUGUGACCCUCUCCUCAGCUCAGGUGCAAUUCUCUUUGCUGAGUAUGGGGGAGAAGCAGAUGCAAAUCAAGGAUAUAUGUGAUUCUCUUGGUAUCCGUUUGAUUUCAUAUAGUCCUCUAGGUCUGGGAAUGCUUACUGGCAAAUACACAGCUUCCAAUCUUCCACGUGGGCCACGGGCUUUGCUAUUUGGCCAAAUUCUACCAGGUUUGGAGCCUUUACUGCAUUCACUAAGAGAAAUUGCAGAAAGGAGGAGUAAAACUAUACCACAGGUAGCAAUAAACUGGUGCAUCUGCAAGGGUACUAUUCCAAUACCUGGAGUGAAGACGGUGAAACAAGUGGAGGAAAAUUUGGGCGCUCUUGGUUGGCGUCUCAGUUCAGAUGAGAUAUGUCAGUUGGAAUAUGCAGCACAGGAGUCUCCACGGAAGAUGAUCCAAAAUAUAUUUCAGACCAACUGAAUAUUCAUUCCCAUCUUAUAAUGUUAUCAGA